CGAGUGUGCAAAAACCAUGUCCGUUAAUCCGGUUCGCGGGUUGCUUGAUUCGCUGUCCGCGCUGUUUUACAUUUCCUCCAUCUUUGGUGUCAUUCCGUACUCGCUGUUGGCGUUUGCCAAACGCACCGUAAUACAGCUUUCCCUAGUCGGCAACCUGUGGGUAGUUGGCAGCCUGGUCGUCUACACGGGCCUGUACCAUGUGGCAACAAUCAACUACACGAAGGACGAUUGGGGAUCGCAAAAGACGCUCACGAAUGCGAUCGGUAUCUUCAUCAUCUACAUGGAACCGUUUAUGAUGGCGGUGGACAUGGUGGCGGGUAUGAUCAAUCAGAAACGACUGGCCCAGUGCUUCGAUUGGCUGGCCCGCCUCGACAACCAGCUGGCCGGGGAGGGCGUGCUGAUCAACAACGGGCUAAUGCGCCGGUACAGCAUCGUGCUGUUGCUGCUGAUGCUGCUGUUCGAGGCGAUCAUCACCGUGUACAGCUUUGUGGCGUUUGAGGAAGAGUUUAACGCCUGGUCGCUGAUCUGGUUCAUCACGACCAUACCGACCGCACUGAACUCGGUGUGCCGCAUCUGGUACGUGAUGCUGGUGUCCGCCAUCCGGCAGCGCUUCAACGCAAUGAACGCGCACAUGAACGCGAUCGCCCACGGCAUACUGCACUACAAGGACCAGUACGCGGGCGAACCGGACGCGGACAUUGCCGAGAUACCGCUCGACUAUCUGGAGAAGGAGAUAUUCACCGUCUACACGCAGCGCCGCAAGCAGCUGUCGGGGGCGACUCCUCCCAAGAAGACGAACGCCAAUCCCACCACCAAGGUGAUCACCGUGAAACCGUACCAACCGAAGCAACCGGCCAGUCCACCACUGAAACCAUCCGUUACCCCACCACCACACCACAACAGUGCCAUCCAACCGUGGCCCGCCGCAGACGUCGGGUACGGUCCGGCUCAGGAGUUCCUGCCAACCGAUCGGCGGCUACGGCCCCACAUCGAGCAGCGGCUGGACAACAAGCUGAUACUGUUCUGCCGGACGCACGACGAGCUGUGCGAGAUCGGCAAGGUCGUCAACCGGAUGUACAGCGUGCAGAUGCUGGUCGCGAUGGCGCACGGGUUUGUUGCCAUUACGGCCGAGUUUUACUUUCUCUACUGUAGCCUCACGCAGCAGGAAGUGCCGAUACUGUUCCGGACGGCGGAAGUGUUUCUGCUCGGGCUUGCGUACAUCGUCUACACGGCGCUCAAGUGCAUCGUGCCGAUCUUUGUGUGCUGGAGGACGAAAACCGACUCGCAGCGAACCGGCAUCGAGCUGCACUAUCUGGCGAACGCGGUCGACGAGGUCCACUGUUACGAGGUGGUUAACCAUCUGUCGCUGAAGCUGCUAAACCAUCAGCUUAACUUUAGUGCGUGUGGCUUUUUCGACCUGGACAUGACGACACUGUAUGCGAUAACCGGCGCAAUCACCAGCUACCUGAUCAUACUGAUCCAGUUCAAUCUCGCAGCGAUACAGAAAUCGAACAGCAACUCAACGAUCGCCUCGAACGUCAGCACCACGGCCAUGGCGGUUGUGGAGGGCGUCGUUACCACCGCACUAACGACGUACGUUUCGAAUUGAAACCAGCAGACUCCUCAAGCGCAGGCUCUCCUCAGUGUCGAUU